AUGUCACAACCCUGGCCUAUCCGCAAUCGAGAUGUGGAAAACCAAUCUUCAUUGUACCUGAUAUCUACUAAUUCAAAGACGAGCAUCACGCAUCAGCACACCUCGCAGAAAUCUCGGCCAGGCGUCACUGCCGCCAUACCAACAUCAAUAAAGCUCUGCGUUCUCGCUCUUCUGUCGCUAUUGUUGAUCGCCAGUCAUCCGCCCAACUCCAAUACUUGGCCCUUCAAUUCUUUCCAGCGCAAUCACGAUACCAACAGUGCGUCGCAUAGCAAAUCUGCCCCCGGGAAGCUGGGGGCUGUUGCGAGUGAGAACUCUAUCUGCUCUCAACAUGGAGUGGAGAUAUUGCGCAUGGGUGGUAAUGCGGCAGAUGCUUUAGUUGCGACCGAGCUUUGUGUUGGUGUAGUUGCCAUGUACCACAGUGGGAUCGGUGGAGGUGGGAUCAUGCUAGUCAGGACACCGCACAGGAGCUACGAGGUUAUCGAUUUCAGAGAGACCGCUCCAGCUGCAGCGUUCAAGGAUAUGUAUGAACAUAACAAAAAUGCCUCUGUCUAUGGUGGACUGGCAAGCGGCGUACCAGGCGAGAUUCGGGGUCUUGAAUACCUUCACAGCAAGUACGGUGUUCUUCCGUGGUCGACUGUCGUACAACCAGCUGUUCAAACAGCUCGUCACGGGUUUCCUGUGGGAGAGGAUCUUAUCAGAUAUAUGAAUCAUGUUGCUGGUGACGAGGACCUUUUUACCAACAACCCUACAUGGGCGAUCGACUUCGCUCCAGAUGGAACCCGACUGAAGCUGGGCGACACAAUGACUCGGCACCGAUAUGCGGAUACUCUGGAAGCAAUUGCGAAAUAUGGCUCCAGAGCAUUCUACUCGGGGCGUCUUGCGGAGACUAUGGUCAAUGCUCUACAGAAUGAGAACGGUACAAUGACGCUUGAAGAUCUAGAAAACUACACUGUGGCUAUUCGGAAUAUCUCACAGAUCGACUAUCGUGGGUAUAAGAUCACAAGCACAUCGGCUCCUUCGAGCGGAGUUAUCGCCUUGUAUAUUCUUAAAGUUCUCGAGACAUAUAAGGAUCUCUUCCGCACGGAACAGUCUGUGAGCCUAAGUACUCAUCGCAUGAAUGAGGCGAUCCGAUUUGGAUAUGGUAGACGAACCUACCUAGGUGAUCCCUUGUUUAUUGAUGAUAUGGCUACGUAUGAAUCGCAGACUCUUGCCCAAUCUAUGAUCGACGCCACUCGAUCUAAGAUCUCGGAUCAUCGAACUCAGAAUAUAUCAGCUUAUGAUCCAGCCGGGUUAGAAAGCCCGGAGACCCAUGGAACCUCACAUAUUGUAGCAGUUGACAAUACUGGCCUUGCAAUUUCUUCGAUAUCUACGAUCAACCAUGUCUUUGGCAGUUAUGUUAUGGUCCCAGAGACUGGUAUCAUCAUGAACAAUGAAAUGAAUGACUUCUCUAUCCCUGGAUCAUCAGAUCUAUUUGGAUAUAUUCCCUCCGAAACAAAUUACGUCUGUGCUGGCAAACGUCCACUUUCGUCUAUCACACCAGUGAUAGUAGAACGACCCAAUGGUACACUAGUCUUGAUUACAGGAUCUGCAGGUGGCAGUCGUAUCAUUACCGCCACUGUCCAGAAUGUUAUCCAUUCUAUUGACGAAGGACUCUCAGCUGCCGACGCACUGGCUAAACCGCGACUGCAUGACCAGCUGGUGCCAAACCGGGUCACCUUCGAGUACAACUAUGACAACGGUACAGUUGCCUUCAUGGAAAGUCUUGGCCAUAACGUUUCUUGGGUUGCACCUGGACAAAGUAAUGCUCAACUCGUUAGAGUCUCGCCCAAUGGGACAUUUGAUGCUGCCGGUGAGCCGAGACUGGUCAGUUCGGCUGGAUACUCAAUAUAG